AUGUCCACGACACUCCUCACCACGUACGCUUGCGGACACGAAGAACGUUCGGCCACUCGAAUCGGCGAGGAACAAGAGCCGGGAGUGAUGGGAAUCAUCCGACGAAUGAGCUGCAAAAGUAAAUCUGCGGCUGUGAUUGCAGACUCCGCACUUUUGUGUACAACAUGUCGGGAAAAGCCACAUCCAGAACCACUUAGAUCUCAUCCAGUUAUUAUCAUCCAUCCGCGAGAGCCGAGACAGUUUAACAAUGAUGGCGUAAAUCCGUAUGCCAACGAAUUUGCUGAGCUUCCGAAGUAUGGCGCACAUGACUUUACGCGAAAGAACCCAGAUGAUGUAGAUAGAAAACCCUGCCGCCGGCCACUAGUUCCGAUCGCCUCCUCCACGGAUGAUGUCCAUUGA